GGCCCGGGGCGGGCGUUCCGAGCCGCGUCAGUUCCGCCUGUGUCGCGGUGCAGAGGAGCCACGCGCGGAGCAGGACCGCUCCUCUGUCUCCAUCCUAGAGCGUGGCUUGUGUGUGCUUGCUCUCACCCUGUAUCCUGUAUCCUGUGCGGUGCUGCCGUCCUUGUGCUCCAAGCUAUUACCACAGAAUGCCUAAAUCAAAGGAACUUGUAUCUUCAAGCUCAUCUGCAAGUGAUUCAGAUAGUGAAGUUGACAAAAAGGCAAAGCGGAAAAAGCAAGUAACUCCGGAAAAAAAUGUAAAGAAACAAAAGACUGGUGAAAGUUCAAAAGGUGCAGCUUCUUCUAAGCAGAGCAGUAACAGAGAUGAGAAUAUGUUUCAGAUUGGCAAAAUGAGGUAUGUCAGUGUUCGGGACUUUAAAGGGAAAGUCUUAAUUGACAUUAGAGAAUAUUGGAUGGAUCAAGAAGGUGAAAUGAAGCCUGGCAGAAAAGGUAUUUCUUUAAAUCCAGAACAGUGGAACCAGCUGAAGGAACAGAUUUCUGAUAUUGAUGAUGCAGUAAGAAAACUCUAAAGACAGAGCCAUACAAAAACUUCUAUCAUUUAGUUGUAUUGAGCAGUCUUUUUACAUUGGCUUUAGUUUUCUAAAAUAUUGUUUUCCAAGCUAUUGUAUAUUUGGAUUGCAAAACAAUUUGUAAGAUGAAUACUUUUUUUAUGUGCAUUAAAAGUGUAUUCUGAGUGAGGCUAUUUGUGUAUACUUUACUAAAAGGACUUGUGUUGCUUUCACCCCAUGGUGUAAAAUAAACGGAUCAAAUAAUAUGUAAAGCAUACUUGUUUAUGGCCUUUUGAUUGAAGGUGUUUGCUGAUAAGGCCACCUAAUAGCUUUAGUUGUUGUUUUAAUCUUACAUUAACUGUAAACUAAACUGAAUUUGUUUCUGAGGGGAUUUCUUAAAGUGUCUCAAUUUCAUUUUUCCUUUUCCAUUUUCUUUGGUAUUGCCCUGCAGCUUUCUGCUUUGAGACUUGAUACAAACAGUGAAUACUUGGAAAAACACAUUUUUGUAGAUAAUUUUCAAUGCUGUAUUUGCUAAUUUACCCUAUUUAUUCAGAUGUAAACAGUCUUGAAUAUAUAGCUUUUUUUGCAUUACUUGCAUGAAGGAUUAUGCUAAACAAUAACACUUGAACACAAACCACAUGCUCUCUCUUCCCAUUUUUCUAUAAAGUGCUUGACCUAGAAAAUACAAGUAGCCUUUUUUCUUGAACUUUAGAUAUGAAGCAUAAACUUCUACAGUAAUAGACAUAUACCUCAGAGUAAGACAAUAUUUAAAGGCUCCUGAUGUGGUUAACAAUAGUUAGUACACUUUCAAGGUUUGCAUUAAAUUAAUUCUGGAACACAUACUAACCAAUUAUUCUAUAGAAGAGAAGCAGUUUACCUGUCUGUAGGGUUUUUSUUCAUUUGAGAGUGUUGCAUAAAUAAUGAUCCUUAAAUUGGACUUUUAAACAAUGAAACAGGGUUAAGACUACUGGAGCCAGAAUGUCUUUUCUGUCAUGUUUCUGCCCAUCCACACUGCCUGCCCAGACCCCUGAAUUCAGGUUGCUUCCUGUGGCUUACAUGUGCACAGCUGGUUUAUCUUUGUACGGAAGGCGCUUAGCGCACACAGGGAGCUUACCAAGUACACGGCGGACCAUGACCCAGCGAGCUUGGCUGGUCAGCCCUGGUACCUCCUGGGCAGAAAAGCCUCUGCCCUGUGGAAACUGUUACACAAGAUGCCGCCCCAAAGGAAAGGCUUCUUAGUGACACGGGAGUCCCAAACAAUGGAAGAAGAAGGGAGAAUGUGAUGCAGAACUUGGAGAUGUGAGAGGUGUGCCAGGGUGAAAGUUACUGGUGAAAGAUCGAAGUUAGCUGGCACAUAACAACAGUGAAGAAAUGGAAGCAGAAUUGGAGGAGUUAAUUUUCUGACAUAAUUAAGCAAGGCAAGAAGAUUAAAUAACCUUAUGAAGAAGGACGUUUCAAGACUAGUGAAUGUCCAUCUUARUUUGGGUGUAAUUUUCCCAUUUGAUGAUAAUGUCUCUGAAUUAUGUAGAGAUAAAUAGGUUUUACUAUUUGCUUAGUUAUGGAACAUUUUAAUUUCAUAAUUAUAAUACAAUUUAAUAAUAAUAAUUUUAAUAUCGUUAUUUUUAUUGCAGACAAUGUUGUGAGUGCCAUACGCAGUCUGUUUCUCUGAUUCAAAGUUCAUAAUUCAAUGCAAAUAGAUAYUAAAGGGUGAGGAAGAGAGACUUCAUCAAAUUAAAUAUGUAUUAUUUAAUUGAAAUAUGUCACACAUCUUCACUUGCUUUUAAACUUAUCCAUUCUUGAGAUAUUACAAGUAAAAUUAAGAUCUGUUUUUGUAUAGCUCAGGAAAUUUAAAUUUUUAAGAACUGCUUGAGGAUGAAUAAAAGGGUGAAGAGAAGUUGUGGUAGCAGAUGUGGUUUUGGGCACAACAUUCUUGUUUGAGUGAUUCUUAACAACAUGUAGGGCUAUUGGGACCAAAUAGAAUAAAUAUGAAAUAGCUGCUAAAAUUUCACAGAUGCGUGUGUGAAAUAAAUUGCUUUAGAUCACUAUAGACAGGUUCUAGAUUUUAUUGCAAUAUAUAUAUAUUUUGUGAUUUUAUUUCUUUGUCUGAAAUUUUUUGACCAGAUUUCAUCCAUUUUACCUCAAAACCUUCAAGUGGCUACUUUAAAGUGCAUGGUUAUAUUAGAGGCAACAUUGUCCUCACAUAGAUUACAAUGCUAAUAGGUCAUUGGAAGRAUAGUUGUGUAUCAGAGUACAAUACAGUUGUGUUCAGGAAGGUGGGAAAUGAAAAUUCAUUUGGGGAGAGUAAGUGAAAAAGUUUAAUGAUUAGUUCUCAUGUGGGAAUUGAUGGUAGAGGUGUUCAAGGAAAUWACCAUUUGUUAGCCAUGAACUAUUAGUUAUAAGUAGGUACUGAAAGAGACAAGUCAGUUUCACAAAUGAACUCCAAAUGGGAUCWGUUGAUCAGGUGACUGGUAGGUUUGUAAGACAGUAAUAUGCAAGUAACUUCAAUAAAAAAGUGAUGCAUUCAAUAUUGUUUUGAAACAAAUAGUUGAUAGCAAUUUGUCAUGUAAUCUUCUGUAGUUUUUCCAGUUUAAGAAGAAAAUUGAAAUACUUUUUGAAUAAAGAUUAUUUUCUUGCAGACAGUGUUAGUUAGGAUGUGUAGAAGUGUUCAUGGAAGGAAAUUGUGCAUGUGUGACAAGGCUGUGUAGUAUGAGAUAAAAGCACUGCUCCCUCUCCCAUUAGGUGAUGAAAGAAAAGUACAUUUGAUUCUUGGUGUUUAUGCAGGGCAUAUUAGCAAUAUGUUUUACAAAUUAAGCCUACUGUGGAGCUUYGGGGAAAAAACAGAGCUGCCAAAGUACCGUAUGUGUGAUAAUCAAACUGUCAUGUAUUAUGUUGCUCAUAUGUAGAGAUGUUCAUAUUGAAAAUAAACAGAUGCAGUACUAAUUUUGAUAUUUCUUUUAAAGAAAAUGGCCCUGGUUAUGUAUGUAUGUGAUCUGUUAGCAAAAGAAACCAAAACUGAUGAUUGUAAUUCUGGUAACUCAAAUGUCUUCUUGUUAGCCAUGUGAAAUGUUUCAUGUUUGCUCUGGUGGUAUCUGAUGCAGAGAGGCCACUGGAAAUAUGAGCCCUUCAACUGUAAUUACCUUAAUGUUAAACAGUUAAAUGGCAUAUGUGUAAUAACAAUUUGAACACUUGGAAAUAAAAAAAAAAUACUUCUGUUGACAUAGUGU